GGGCUGGGACUAGGCAGGGGCCGAGUCUUUCCACCUUCCAAUGAACAGAGUAACAUGGAAGCUGUUCUUCGUGCCUAGGGUGACGGGGAAAGAUGUCUUCGGCAUCACCGUUCCUCUGAUUACCAGCACAGCAGGAGCUAAGCUGGGGAAGUCGGCUGGCAAUGCCGUGUGGCUGCACAGAGAGCUCACUUCUCCCUUUGACUUCUACCAGUUCUUCGUCCGCCAGCCCGAUGACUGUAUAGAGAGGUACCUUAAACUCUUCACUUUUCUACCCCUUCCGGAAAUCGAACAUAUAAUGCAGAUGCAUACGAAAGCGCCGGAAAAACGGGGACCCCAAAUACGGCUUGCAGCAGAAGUGACAAAAUUUGUUCACGGCCAGGAGGGAUUGGGAUCCGCCAAAAGGUGUACCCAAGCCCUGUAUCACUGCAGUCUAGAUGCACUAGAAGUCAUGUCUGACGAAGAGCUGAAAGAGCUGUUUAAAGAAGCUCCCUUCUCCGAACUGGUUCUUGAACCUGGAACAAGCGUACUAGACACUUGCCGCAAAGCAAAGGCCAUUCCAGACGGCCCCCGAGGGUACCAGAUGAUUACAGAAGGAGGAGUCAGCAUAAACCACAAGCCAGUAACUAAUCCAGAAAGUGUUCUGGUUGUUGGAGAACAUAUCCUCAAAAACGGACUUUCACUACUGAAGAUAGGAAAAAGAAAUUUCUACGUUAUAAAGUGGCUCCAGUUGUGACUGGAAGUAACGGCCGAUAAUAAAAUGUUAUACCAUCAGCCUAA